CAGAUGGAAAUCGUCACUUUGCGCCGAACCACCCACCCGAACGCACGCACGCGGUGUUGCUCCACGAACGUCGUAACCCUAGGGCGGCCGUCGUCCUACCGCGCUUCCUCGGAGCUGACCUCCCUCUCCACUUCCUUUUCAGAACUCAAUGGAGGACGAAACUAAUGGAUCUGUGGUAGAAUAAAUACAUUCAAGAAUCUAGCAGUAACAUGUCAACCGGUCCUGGCCUAGAGUCAUUGGUAAACCAAACUAUCUCAAUCAUCACAAAUGAUGGGCGCAUCAUUGUUGGAACUUUGAGAGGCUUUGACCAGGCAACAAAUAUCAUCCUUGAUGAAUCACAUGAGAGAGUUUACUCCACUAGGGUAAGUUACUCAUUAUAUUCUACUGUUAUUUUUUUUUUUUUUUUGCCCAUCUCAACGUUUAAUCCCCUCUGUUUGUUCUUAUUGUCCAUUAUUUUGCAGGAAGGGGUACAACAACUCGCCCUCGGGUUGUAUAUUAUAAGAGGGGAUAACAUAAGCGUUGUUGGAGAGUUGGACGAAGAGCUGGAUCUAGUGAAUGACUUGUCCAAAAUUAAGGCACAUCCCCUUACGCCUGUAAUACAUUAAAUGGUGGAAGUAUUGAUGCUGAUGCACACACAAUAUUAAUGUUGAACUAUACACUGCAGUUCUUAAAAAUCAGGGGAUUCUUGCAUGUUUGUAGAAUGUUUUUUGUUCUUCAGAAACCUAGUUGUGUAGGUGUAGCAACACUCACCGUGAGUGUUUGCUAUGCCAAUUGAAAAUGUCAGCUGUUUAUCAGCUUGAAGAAUCAGUAUUCAUCUUCUGAACAUCUUUAAAUAACCUUAUUUGCUGAUGUUA